AUGCUGAAGGUGUCAAAAGAACUUACAAAUAGCUUCCGUAUUUAUGGCAAGACGAUAGCCACUGUGAGACGCACACAUUCAUCGUUGGCUAGUUCGAAAGAUGAACGGCGCGGACUUUUUGAACCGAUGGUUCAUGGACCCAUUAUGACAAAUGCGGCUGGACUGCAACAUGACUUUUCACAUGACGAACUGGUGCUGUUAGAACAAGGUAUUAAGAAAUCUGACGAAUUAGCUUCCCAGUUUACCAAUUAUCGAUACAAGUUUAAAAAGCUGCCGUCAGAUUACGGUGCCAAUCAGCUCCUCGCUAUUGAGCCAGAACUGCAGAAAGAUCUGGAAAGUGUUGUUUCGGAUUUUGAUGCACCUGUAAAGUACGCUUUUGGCUAUGGAUCCGGAGUUUUCGAGCAAUCUGGAUAUUCAAGCUCACAAGAGCGGCCACAGAUCGAUCUGAUAUUCGGGGUGUCGCACCCUGAACAUUUUCAUUCCCUCAACAUGAGACAAAACCCACACCAUUACUCGUCGUUACGUUAUUUUGGAUCGAAAUUCGUGUCUCGGUUCCAGGAAGUUGGCGCCGGGGUAUAUUUCAAUCCGUUUGUCGAUAUAAAUGGGCAAGUUGUCAAGUAUGGUAUUGUGUCAAUGGAAACUCUUUUGAAAGAUCUAGCGACGUGGAACUCUUUUUAUUUAGCCGGAAGACUCCAGAAACCUGUAAAGGUUUUGAAAAACGAUUUAUCGGUCCAGUAUUGGAACCAGCUAAAUCUCAAAGCCGCUGCAACUUUAGCCAAACAUCUAAUGCUGAAGAAAAACAAAACAAGCGGGAGCGAGCUCCUGGACGAAUUCCAAUUUUACAAACAGAUAACUGCUUUGAGUUAUGCGGGGGAUGUGAGAUAUAACCUUGGGGCCGAGAAUCCAAAUAAAAUCAACAAUAUCGUGGAGAAGAAUUUUACUCAGUUCCAAAAUUAUUACAAACCAAUCUACAAAGAUGUCAUUAUCAACCAUUCUCACUAUUUGCCUCAAGGGUUCACACUCGAUAACUCUAUAAAGCUUUUAGAACGGAGAAUUUUUCGCACUAGCACGGAGCAAACCUUGAAAGGAAUGUUCACUGCUGGAAUCAUGAAGUCGCUACGUUAUGCAUGGGCAAAGAGGUUGAAAGCCAUGAAAAGAUCCAAGUGA